AUGUCCUUGGAUUUUUUCAGACUGCACAAAAGGCACUGCGAUGACCUCCUAAACAACUGCUGGUAUGCUCCCUCAAAUCAUGGAGACACAUUUGGAAUUCGCCAUGAUGAAAUAUACUUCCACGAGGACAUCAUCCCUUCACAACCUGUGACGUCAUAUGCAGUGCUUAUCCGAGGGAGCCCAAAGCAUCCUGGGACAUCCGUAGAUGGGGACAUUGGUGAGGACAUCAGUUCACACGCAGUUUCUAUGCAAGAUUGCGGAGACAUUAUGAUUGAACGAGCUAGUUCUCUAAUAGACGGACUCAUGAAAGCCAGAGAUUUGUAUAGAAGCACUGAAUUUACCCAAGAUGUGAUGAAAACAACAGCACUGUCGAUGCAGUGGUAUAACUAUGUCUUUUCCUGUUCUAUGCAAUUCUUCCCAGGAUCCAUUGAGCGCUACAAAGCUCCUGAAAUCCAUUCGAGACACAUUAUUGUAAUGAUACGAGGUAACAUAUAUAAACUGGAUUUGAUUCGCAACGACGACGAAGGACGAGAAGAGAUUAUCACAAAAAGCCAGCUGAAAGUAAGUUGAUAAACGUUUGAAAUUUUGCUCUACAGUUAGUUUUAAAAAUACCCACUACCAAAAGUACAGAUAGAAUAUUUCAAGUUUAACAACCGAAAAUAAUUACUCUUUUAUUAAGCUGCCUGGGCUUUAAUAGCUAAUUGAAAAGAUAAACAAAAAUGUAAAAAACUGAGGUCAAUUUAGAGUAAUCUCUCCCCAGUUUCCAAUGGGUGUGUAAAUUGACACUCAAUUCAGGAGGAUGAGUUCAUAUCAUUCAUAAUGAUGGUUCUUCUUUUCUUUUCUUCUUUUUUUUAACCUUGCUUUUUCAAGACGUUGAAAGAGAUAUAUUUCGAAAAAUUGGAGAGUCUUCGGGCCGACCUGCACCUACUACAAACAAGGUUUUUGAUUGGCUGGGUAAACGAUAGCGAUGGUGACAUAACAAUGCCCAUAUCCCUGAAAACAAUAGGUAAUGCAGGUUAUAGGGACCAAUGAAAUAAGAGCUUUGGAUUCGUGCAGGUCAAUCGAAAGCGUGUCUUUAAGAAGUUUCUGUAGCAACCAGAAAAGGCAAAAAACAUCGAGCAAAUGUAAUUGACAAUUACUUCCUUUCUUUACGUGCGCGCUUGCUUUAACACAUUUUUUUUAUUUGGUUUCAGAAGAAAUUCGAAACCAUCGUAGAAAUGGACGCGUCAAGAGAACAAUCGACUCCAAUAGCUUUUCUCACAAGCCUGAAUCCAUCUGAGAGAUGUCAAGAAGAACAGCGCCUCAAGUGCCUCAGUCAACGAAAUGUUGAUAAUCUUUCACUGCUCCGUGACGCUCUUUUCGUUGUGGCGCUCGACCCUGAUACUUCUCCCCGAGAAGCUAACGAAGCCAUGUUCGAGCUACAUUCGGGAAACUUCGUAAACCGUUGGUAUGACAAAAGCGUGCAGCUGGUUGUGUUUGGUAAUGGUGUGGCGGGAUUUGUCAAUAACUAUUUGGCUGGAAUGACUGGUACGGUAGGGACGAACUUUGUGCGAAUUGCAGUGAAAAAUGAAAGACUUGCUGGAGAAGAAACUGAAGACGGUGGGUUACGUUGUGACAUAAAUUUUACUGAAACUUGUUCUGCUCCCUUGAAGUUCAGUACUGAGAGUUUUUGUCAUAUUACUUUUGUCUUUAUUUCAGUAUUAAGAAAUAGACAAACGAGUUGUAGAAGUUUUAUUUACACGUGAAAGAACAAAGGGUACUACCUUUAAAGUCCAAGAAUACAAAUUGUGUUUAACUUGAUAUUGGACAAUCUUGUUAUGAUCAAUUGACAGCUGUCAAAAUAGGGUACCCUCUAACCAUGUGUGCAACCCAUUGAGAUGACGUGUUUUUUAAGCUGUCCGCUGAACAGUUAAGGUACUCAAGUAAUCACACGCUCAAAAACUUUACUUUAGAAAGACAGUUCCUAAAAGUACCACGAGGGCUAUUGGCCUUGGCUAAGCGUAUAUAUUAAAGUUAGACAUAAGUUUCGCUGAGCGCGCAGGGGAUACCUGCAAAUGAAUUAAGUGGCAUAAAAGUUUUGCAAGUGACGCAUGUGUAUCUGUAGCUUGUCCUGUGGAGACCAUGGAGCUCAAAUUCAGAGAUAUUUGGGAGCCAGGGCGGCUGAAGGUUGUAAGAUUGAAGGAAUGUUAAAGCAAGUAGUUGGUAAAGGCACAGAGUUUUUUUUGCAAAUCAGCUUUUAGCUAUGUUGCAGUUUCAGCAUAAAUUGGGUGGUAAAUUUUUAGCUUAAAAGAAAUAGUGGAAAACUGGAAGUUCCGUGAGUGUAGGACCGAAACCAAAUAUUUGAAACUGACAUAAACCAAGUCUCGCUCGGUCUCAGAAUAUCUCGUAUUUUGGAGUGUGCCAUUCACAAUCUUUUUUCUCUUAUCAGGAGGAUAUGAGGGCUUCAAGAUCUGGCCAGAAGUAAGACCUAUAAUCUGGGACGAUACAAAUGAAGAAUAUUUCAAACACAAGACAGCAGAGUUCAUCAAGGAAAGUCGAACAUCAGGUCCAUUUAAACAGAUGUCUCAAGACGUAUUCAGAAUAUGCGCUGGUUUCAGUUUUGAGUCCAUGUGUAAAGACCAUUGUGUGACGCCAGGGGGAGCCUUUCAAGCUGGAAUGCAGCUUGCGCUUGCUAAGAUCUCGGGAAGAUGUAUGAGUGUCAACGAAGUCGUUAGUAUACGGUAAGACAAGUUUCUGUUCAUCUUUUCAAGAAGAGUGCUAUUCUCUCCCUACAACGAGAGGUUUUGUAUGAUGCCUAAUUAAAGCAUUUUCUGGUUGAAACUCAUUCCCGUAGUCUCGUUUUGUGGAUAGAUUUUUUAAAUGAUAAAGAAUUCAUCUUUUAUUCAAGAUGUAAGAUGACUGGAAAAUGAUAAAUUUAGGUGUCGUGAAGGAUGGCCGUCGCAAGAGAAAAUUUGAAAAAAGGAUGGUCUGAAAUAUGCAGCGAUAUAAGCCGAGUUUCUUGACAAAUAUCUAGUUAUGUGUCAGGUGGUUGUUUACACGAGAGAGAAGCAAAAAAUAACACACAAACCCUCCUGAAAUCGCUUUCUUUAUACUCUAAGGAAUGGAUCAGUUUUAAGAAAUAAUUUGUUUCUCGUGUUGCUAGGCAUUUACGCUCUUGAAUUUUAGGUAUCCUAUCUAAGGAUCACACCGGGACCAAAAUGCAUGCGAUAAGGGCAAAAAUGGUUCCACAAAUUUAAGGUUGAAGACCCUUAAAAACCAUACUCUGUAUACUUUGCUCUCAUAAAUAUAUAGGAGUGGCCACCCGGGUCACUUACGAGAGUUGGUCGCAGUUUCGACUGUACUCAGUGAAUUAGGGAUGGCUAUUGCUUACUAUGUUCAACAGCGAGUUUGAAGGUUGGAACUUGUUGGGACGACCCCAACGAUACAAUCUUUACCCCCCUUUUCACAAAUGUAUGGUUUCCAAUCUCCGUUAUUGAGCGUAAUUUAUCUUUAGCAGCUCAUAUGUGGUUUACCUCAUUUAUGUACUAGGCAUUUCCGGUUUCAUUAUUUUUCAUGUACUAAGCAUUUCCGGUUUCCUUACGUCUUAUGUACUAGGCAUUUCCGGUUUGGUGGAAUGACAUUCAUGGACAGCAGUAUGGCGGACAUGAAAAAAUUCAUCGAAAAAGCCCGCCAAUCAGAAGGGAGCUUGCAAACCAUGACAAAACAGGAACGUGUGCUGCUUAAAUCUCUGCUGAAGAAAGCUAUUGAAAGUUACAAAGAUGAGGUCUUGCGUUACAAGAAAGGCCAAAUGAACCUCUGGCAUCUUGACGCUCUUUACAGAAACUUGGGACUGCCAAACCGCCUUCCGUUUAGGAAUGCUCCACAACUACGGAUCAAGAGAAGGUUUAAGCAAGCUGUUGCAGAUUUACUCAGAUCACCGCUGCUCAACAUACUGCCACCUCAAGUUGCUGAAAACGUGACCUCCAAUCCAUGUUGGUAUCCUGAGAUCGAGGCUAUUGGAAGGCCUGGGGUCAAGUGUAUUCUGCCAGAUAGAUCAAUGGCAUUGCAUUAUAUGUUUGGGAGAAAUGCGAUAUCAAUCACAGUGAAUGCAAAUCCUAAGCACCCUUGUUAUAGACAUGAAGAGGAGUUUGUCGAAGAACUCGAACAGUCAUUGUUGUUUGUCAAAGACUUGCUUGAUGCUGAAUAA